UGCCACAGCAUGCUCGUGUCUAAGUUGAUAUUUUGACAUUGCAUGACAUAGGUGCCUAGAGAUGGCUUCCUCCCAUUCUCCUCGUUCUGCCUCCGGCGCCACCGCCGUCAUGGCCGUGCUGUUUGUGGCGGCCCUGUGCCUGCACGGCGCCAUGGCGCAACCGCUGCGCGAGGACUACUACGACGGCACGUGCCCUGACGCCUAUAACAUCGUGAAGCAGGUGCUCAUCGACGCGCACGAGUCGGACGAGCGCAUCUACGCCAGCCUCAUCCGCCUCCACUUCCACGAUUGCUUCGUCCAAGGCUGCGACGGGUCGAUUCUGCUGGACAACAUGACAGGGAUGCAGUCCGAGAAGGAGUCACCGCCCAACAACGGCUCGGCGCGCGGGUACGAGGUGGUGGACGCCGUCAAGUGCGCGCUGGAGGACGCCUGCCCUGGCGUCGUCUCCUGCGCCGACAUCCUCGCUAUCGCCGCGGAGAUCUCCGUCGAGCUGUCGGGAGGACCCAGCUGGGGUGUACUCCUGGGAAGACUGGACGGCAGAACGUCAGACUUCAACGGCUCCCAGGACCUGCCGGCGCCCUUCGAAAAUCUCACCACGCUCCAGAGUAAGUUCCAAGCCGUCGGCCUUAACGACGUCGACCUCGUCGCCCUCUCAGGGGCUCACACGUUUGGCAGGGUACAAUGUGCAAACGUCGCCGACCAACCGGCCGACCGGCUCUACAACUUCAGCGGCACCAACAUGCCGGACCCGACCCUGGACUCGGCUUACCGAGCAUUCCUAUCGCAGAGGUGCCCGAGGAAUGGCGACAGUUCGGUCUUGAACGACCUCGAUCCAACGACGCCGGACACCUUCGACAACCACUACUACACCAACAUCGAAGUGAACCGGGGGUUCCUCACCUCCGAUCAGGAGCUCAAGUCCGCACCCGAAGCGCAGGGCACCACGGCACCGAUUGUCGAUCAGUUCGCGAGCAGCCAGGAUGCCUUCUUUGCUAGUUUUGCACAGUCCAUGAUCAACAUGGGGAACAUAAGGCCAGUGACGGAUCCAUCCCAAGGGGAAGUCAGGACAAACUGCAGAAGGAUCAACUGAAGUUAAUCAAGGAGGAAAGAAACUGUGCGUUCGGUUUAUUUAUAUACUUGAUUACAAAUAAGAGCUCAAAUUUGGCUCCUCAAGUGUGAUGAUAUUAGAUAUACUUUUCAUUUUCCAACUUUAAUUAUUUGUUUCUGGGAGGCAAGGAGGAACUGCAGAUCAAGGAUUUACGCUCAUGUCGUGUGGAUGAAUCAGUUUGAACAAUGUUUUGAGAGCCGGAAGGGGGAGCUACGCUAUAUAGAUGUGUCUGUGCCCAUCGUGCUCCCAGACAGUGGUGUAUCCAAGAUGAAUGUAACUAUGUUUUGUUGGAUGUAUCCAAGAUGAAUGUGACUCCCCUCAGGAUGAACAAUGCUCUCAUAAAAAGAUGCAAUAAAGUGGAACUUAGUUGCACUUUUCCUUAUAAAA